UUUUUGUUUAAUAACGAGAAAAAAACUAGGCACAAAUAAAAUCAACACAUUGUUUUUGAAAGCAGAGUUGACUGCAGUUCCCUGGUCAUUGCUAGCUGUUUGCUGAUUGGCUGGGACAGGAGGAUGAUGUCAGCACUGUAUGCUAUAAGGGCUCUGACAAAUAGCCUGUUAGACACAUCUAGUGCCAGAGAGCUUCAUGUGUUCAAACACGGUGCGAGUGAGUGAGAGAAAGAGAGAGGGAGAGGGAGGGAGGGAAGGAGGGUAGGAAUGAGAGAAACGGACAAGCAGUAUGAGGUGAACAAGCUCGAUACUCAUGGAAACUACUUCAAACCAUUUCUCCCCUUCUCCAGAGGAAUAUAAACAAAUAUAACUUUUAUGGGAAGUCAGAAAAAGGAUUACUCUCAGAGAUAAUGGGAAGCACAGACACACCCGUGGCGUUCAACGUGUGCGUGGAGCUGAACGGCAGCCUCGCGGACCGAGGCGGGCCCGAGUACAGCGAGGCGGAGAUGGCGGUGCUGGGCGUGGUGAUGUCGCUCCUGGUGCUGUGCAUCGUGUUCGGCAACGUGCUGGUGAUCAGCGCCAUCGCACGCUUCCAGCGGCUGCAGACGGUCACCAACUACUUCAUCACCUCGCUGGCGUGCGCCGACCUGGUGAUGGGCGUGGUGGUGGUGCCCUUCGGCGCCUGCUACAACAUCCUCAACGCCUGGCACUUCGGCAGCUUCUGGUGCGAGUUCUGGACGUCGGUGGACGUGCUGUGCGUGACGGCCAGCAUCGAGACGCUGUGCGUGAUCGCGCUGGACCGCUACCUGGCCAUCACAUCGCCGUUCCGCUACCAGUCGCUGCUGACCAAGAGCCGGGCCUGCGUGGUGGUGCUGGUGGUGUGGCUGGUGGCGGGGCUCAUCUCCUUCCUGCCCAUCCACAUGAAGUGGUGGAUCUCAGACGACCCCGAGUCCCUGUGCUGCAUGCGGGACGCCUACUGCUGCGACUUCAACACCAACACGGCCUACGCCAUCACGUCCUCCAUCGUCUCCUUCUACAUCCCGCUGGUGGUCAUGGUCUUCGUCUACAGCCGCGUCUUCCAGGAGGCGCGCAAGCAGUUGGAAAAGAUCGGCCGCAGCGAGGGCCGCUUCCGCGCCCAGAACAACAACCUGGCGCAGGAGAACCGCGGCGGGGGCGGCGGCGGCGGCGACGGCCGGAACGGCGGGAAGCGGAUGAAGUCCUGCCUGAAGGAGCACAAGGCCCUGAAGACCCUGGGCAUCAUCAUGGGCAUCUUCACCCUCUGCUGGCUGCCCUUCUUCGUGCUUAACGUGGUGCUGGCCAUCUGGAGGGUGGAGAACAUCAAGCUGGCCUUCAAGAUACUGAACUGGAUUGGCUACGCCAACUCGGCCUUCAACCCGCUCAUCUACUGCAGGAGCCCCGAGUUCCGCUACGCCUUCCAGGAGAUCCUGCACCUCCGGAGGGUGCACUUCGCCAAGCCAGGCCCCGCCAACGGCCUGACGUCCGGCAGGAACGCCUGGCACAGCGAGCUGCAGGCCAAGAGGACGUACGGCCCCGAGGGCGGGCAUGCUGGGAAGGGCCCCCCGGAGCUGGGCGAGGGCCCCUCGGGGGCCCCGGAGAGAGACUCCUACAGGAAGUGCCAGGAGGCGCUCACAACGGUCAUUUAAGCCGCUGUUCUCACGGCAACAACAACAAAAAACAACUUUUCUUGGCUUUUUGCGGUUGUUUUAAGUUUUUUGUUUUUUUUUUGUUCUUUUUUUACAAAGACAAAUGGCUAAGCGGGUGAAGUUUGUCUGGUAAGCAGAUGCGGAGAUGGCAGAUUGGAGUAAAGCGGGGCAGAGGGUGGGGAGGGGGGCUGGAAGCGGCGUUUGUUUCAUUUUUGUUUUCUUGUGAAAACACAUCAGCUUUAUUUUGGUCACUGUGUGUGUGUGUGUGCGUGUGUGUGUGUGUCCGUGUGUGUGUGUGUGUGUGUGUGUGUGUGCAUAUGAAAAUUUAUGUACUUGAGUUUCAUAAGGAUCUUUUCCACUUUCACUGAAAUUGGAAAGGGAAUUUUCUUGCAUCUACCUCAUCACUUUUUGUGAGCUAUCCUCACUGUCUUAUCAUGAAACUGUACAUUUGUAUACUAAUCAAGCCACCAGCUGCCUGUAAGGCUUGCCAUUUAAAUAAAUUACUAAUUAUAUCUGACUUAUGAUAUAUGACCAUUCAGUUCAAUGUAAUUGAAUAUCUUAAUCACCCUAGAUAAAAUAAGCAACAAAUAACAAAAAGCUUGUAAAACUCAACAACAACAAAAAAUAAAUUUAAAAAAUGGUGUCUCCUGCUUAGAGAAGCUGUGCGAUACGGGGCCUGAUCACAUUCCACGCUCGUUUGGAUUAGUCUAAACCCGGGGAUUACGCAGUGAUUCCAGUCGCUGCGCCGCGAACAUCGUAACCCAACACUGUGAUGAGGGGUAGCAGGUGCAGACCGCCACUGGCGCUAUUACCGUACAGCCGGGGGGGGAGGGGGGGGGGGGCGAGGGGGGUGGAUUGGAGAGAAGUUGAGCAAUAUUCAGUAAGCCCUGUCUUGCUCUCCGUGUUUCUUAUGAACUUAUAGCAGUGAAUAAAGUCAUUUGUGUUUUUUGCUCCAAGAUCCACAUCAGUGCAUGGUAUAUGCAAAUAAUACUUAACAUAUGUGACAGUUUUUUGGGGUUUUUUUUGCAUUAUUUUGUUGCGGGGGGAGGUUGGAAUUGAAUGAGUGGUAUACUAAUCCUAGUAGGACAGCCAGAACUGGAACAUUUUGAUAAUCUCUCUUCUUUUUUCUCUGUCUCUUUCUUUUUUCUCUGUCUCUCACUCUCUGUCUUCUUUCAUUCUCUCACUUUCUCUGUCUUUCUUUCUCUUUCACUUCUUUCUUUUUUCUCUCUCUCACUCUGUCUUCUUUCAUUCUCUCACUCUGUUUCUCUCUCUACUGUAUGUGUGAGUGUAUAUAUAUAUAUAUAUAUAUAUAUAUAUAUAUAUAUAUAUACACAGUAUAUUGUAUAUAUAAGAACACUUUGCACUUUCAAAAGAAAAAAAAAAACCUCAGUUGAGUGGUAGUCCAGAGCGGUUGUUGUUUCUGACUGUUGCUUUGCGGGUGAAAUGUCGCCCACUGUGUUUACUGAGAUCUGGAGAGAUGUGAGAAUCCUGCAAAGCAGGGCCAUUUCUGACUUCAGCGUCAAAAUAGUCAAAAAACGAUUGUAAUCUUUCGGCACCAUAAAAAGAGAAGACGACAUGAUAUUCUCAGGUACCCGUGACAAAGAAAGAUAUUUGCGUAAAACUAUUUUAUCUUGAAACACAAGUGAACAGUUCCAGAGUUUGGCUUAAACGCGGCAAAGUGAGCUAAUGCUUAUCUGCCGUUGUCUGCGGCCGACAACAUUGACUGUUUUUAGCCACUGGUCACCAACUGACUCCGGUCUUUUAAAUUCAACACAAAUGUUUUAUUUAACCGCCAUCCUCUAAGCAGCGACAUGAAAUGGCAGUUAUUAUAAAUCUUCGCUCGAGCACAUCUCUGAAAUCGAGCCGCACGGCUGAGAAAUAUGCUCCUUCAAAGGAGCCAGGCUUUCCGACAUGAGGUGUCUGUGCAGGACCCUGCAGAUGUUGAAGAUAAUAGAUAUGUAAGGAUAGCAUUCUUAAUGUCGAACUCGCAGCAGUUGGGAAUUCACUUAAAUGGAGUCCCAGUGAUUUUCAGUCUGCAUAAUGUACACCAGACUGUGUGCAUUACCGCCUGCCAUUAAACAUCAGUGUUUGUGACCUUGCCAAUUUGCGUAAGCAGCCGUCCUUCAAAGUACGGCGAAGGCAUCAGUGUUGAAACUGUGAACUUUGUCCUUUUGGAAGAUCCUCUGGUACUGUAGUGUUUGUUUAACGUGCUAAAUCUAACUGUGUUUCUGUGGCUUGUUCUCAGUGUCUUCAUCACAAAGCAUAACAAGUAUCAACAUACUGUAUCAGUGUCCUAGCUGAUUAUAGUGUAUACUGGAAAUGUCUACAUAAACUUUUUUCCAUUUGUUACGGUUGUAUGAGAAAUGUUUUUAUUAAUGCAGACAUCUGAUGUUGAAGUUUUUUUUUUUUACAUAAGAAAAAAAUAUGUAAAUUAUCUUAAAAUAUGCUGUCUACUAACUGAACGUCUUGUUUCAUGAAAUUGGUGUCUACAAAUGAACAAAAGCUGAAUCCCCCUGGCAAAUAUUUUCUGUCAAAUUUGGUGGGAUAUAAAUUUCUUUGUCAUGUAGUAUUCGUCGUGUGUUCAGUGAAUAAUGUUAUGUGCAUGUUUUUUGUACAACUGCCUUUCGAUGAACUCUUAAGUGGGAAAAGCUGUGAAGCAUUACAAAUAUAUACUGCCCCCUGUUGGUAGACUCCACAUCUGCAGCAUGCCAGUGACCCAGCCCGUUGUAAACUCAGUUUUGAGUAGCUUUUACUUUUCCUUCCUCACCACUGAAAAAACAGAUCUGCAUAUGUAGGCACGUUUGUUCCACAGUAUUUUCUUAAUUUAUCCUAAGGGAAGCAGUGCUGUUGCAUUCAGUGUAAUAAAACUAUUGUUAAAGCAGAACAAACCGAUCUGACAUUGCAUUCCAUGAUACAAUGCACUGACCGCUACAAACAGCCACUGCUGGCUCACUGAGUGAUCUUCACUGACCGUGAGAUGCGCCACUUUUCAUUCUGACACCCGCGAGGGUGGGAGAUGGGACGCGGCUUUUUGUUGACUUUGGAUUGCGGCGUCCCCGAAGUCCUCUGUCUCGUGGAGCAGCGCAGCAUAGUCUGACCACACUGUAAGCGCGGAGCCGCCAUUUUAAACGCAGCUCGUCUUAAAACACGCGGUGAUGACGACAGAGGCUCACCAGGCCUGUGGAAUGUAUUGGCGGUUCAGGUGACUUAAGGUCGGCAUCUCCCUUUCAGACAUGAACAUUUUAGACGCACACUUUCCUGCUGGGCGAUGCCCGUGCAGGUGCUGGAUCUCCAUGCACCCACGACAUGCCAGCUAACUCAUCCUCCACAGAUAAAUCCACUCGCUGCUCACCAUUGUCACCAAACGCUUCGGAAGUCACCUGAAAUUAGAACCAAGAGGCUAACAGAGAGAUGAACGGUGGCCCUAUGACCACAAUGGUUGACUGCAAAAUAUCGAUGUGAUUACCUGGUUUACUCGUUGCAUGCAAUAACCUUUCUGUAGUUGUUUUGUAAUACAAGGGGGAAGUUUGUGAUGUAAAAGCACCAUUUGUUUACUGUGAUUGUGAAGAUUGUUUUUUGGCACAAUAUCCUUUCCGUUUGUUACUUUCGUUCAAAGAAACGUGUGUUGAGAUCCAUUUCACUGUGGUAUUUAUUAAGCAAAUGUGACGCUGCAUUUGUAUUUCAAUAUUAAAACGUGUAUAUCAUG